UUUUGUAAUCGCAUUUUUUUUUUUUCUAAAAAAUGUGGAUUUACAAAUUUUUUGUUUUCUGCUUAUAUUUAAUUAUUUCAACAAGUGCCGAUGAUGAAAUUACUCUUGAUAUUCGUCAAGGUAAAUUGAAAGGAUUAAAAGCAACAACAAUAACAAAUGGUAAACCUUAUUUUAGUUUUAAAGGAAUUCCAUAUGCACAACCCAAUGUUGGAUCCAAUAAAUUUAGAGCACCUGAGCCACCGGAACCUUGGCAAGGAGUUUUAGAUGCAACGAAACAUGGUUCGACAUGUGUCUUUUAUUGUCAUAUUCGAGAGGGAUUAUUUGGUGAUGAGGAUUGCCUUUUUCUCAAUGUCUAUACACCGACUAUUGAUAAAAAUGCACGAAGAGCCGUUAUUGUAUUUUUUCAUCGUGGUGCAUUCAAUUCUGGCUCAGGAGAUGAUGAUCUCUUUGGUCCAGAUUUUCUCAUUGAUGACGAUGUCAUUCUUGUCACAAUGAACUACAGACUUGGUGCACUUGGUUUUUUGAGUACAAAUGACGUGAACGCUCCUGGAAAUGUUGGUUUAAAGGAUCAAGUUAUGGCACUUCGAUGGGUUAAAGAGAAUAUUAAAAAUUUUGGUGGUUGUCCAAAUAGAGUUACAAUUGCUGGUAUUAGUGUUGGAUCAUCAUCAGUUCAUUAUCAUCUUCUUUCUCCAAUGUCUAAAGGAUUAUUUAAGAAUGCAAUUAUGCAAAGUGGAACAGCAUUAGGUGAUUAUGCAAUUAGUCACAAUGGAAUGGAAAUGUCUUUUAAAUUGGGCGAAUAUUUGGGAAUAAAGACGAAUGAUUCAGCGGAGCUUGUUAAAAAAUUAACGGAAUUUUCAGCACAACAAAUUGUCGAUGCAACAACGGAAAUAAAUAAAAAGAUGAAUUUAUUGAAUGGUCGAAUGAGUGCAUUUGUGCCUGUAGUCGAGCCACAAGCGGGCCAGGAAAUAUUUUUGCCAAACGAUCCAUGGGAGAUGAUGAAAUCCGGUAGCUUUGCUGAUGUACCCUUAAUUAUUGGAAUGACUUCAGAUGAAAUGCUUUUUAUGACAAAAGAAAUGCUACCAAAAGCAAAUGAAAUUAACAAACAUUUGGAAUUAUUUGUACCAGAUAGUCUUAAUAUAACAGACGAUGGAAAACUUAAAGAAAUUUCAGAAGCAAUAAGAAAAUUUUAUUUUGAUGGAAAAGCCUUUACUUCAAGCAGUGUUGCGGAAUUUGUUAAGUUAACAAGUGAUAUUUAUUUCACCUAUGGAAUUGGAUUUACGAUAAAAAUGAUGGGAACAAAAAAUAAGCAACCAAUUUAUGAAUAUUUAUUUACAUAUAAUACAUCAGCUGGUUUUGUUAAAAAUUUAUUUAAAAUAGAAGAACCUGGUGUCUCACAUGGUGACGAAUUAGCUUUUGAAUUUCAUUCAAAAUAUUUUAAUAAUAAACCAGAACCAAAUUCACCUGCUGAGAAAAUGACAAAAACAUUCACUAAACUUUGGACAAAUUUUGCUAAAAAUAGAAAUCCUACAAACAAAUUGGACGAUGAUAUUAUAGUAAAAUGGGAGCCCACAGGUCCCGAAGGAAAUUACAUGAAUAUCAAUUUGCCUCUGAAAAUGGAGAAAGGUCUUUACAAAGACCGUCUGAGUUUUUGGGUCAAUAUUUACAGAGACAUAUUAGGAGAACAUGCAAAGCUAUUUCAAUAAAGGAUCGUCAUCUCUAUCACCAUCGAAGUUUUGUUGUACUUGUUGUUUGCGAAGGGAAUUUCGGAGUCGCUGUUUUGCGAUACGAAGAACUUCUCGCAUUUGUGAUGCGAACAUUGCUCUCGUGGGUUGUUCAAAAUGCUGACUCUGUGAAACUGCUUC